UGGGGGAGGCAGAAUAAAUGCGCCUUUCACGCCCAGCAUCCCUGGCAGUCCCGCGGCUCCCGCGCUCGCAGCCUUGGUCGCUUCUUGCCCUGGCUUGCAGGAGGCAAGACAUGCUGAAAUAAAGAGAAACUUGUUCUGUGGCAGGAAAGGUCAUUUCUUCUGGCCAGGAAUUUGGAAAGGAGACAGGAAGCAUAUUAUUUUAAAGGUGGGUCUCCGCGCCGCCCGCCGCCCCCCGCCGCCAUGCCAGCGCCGUGCCCCCGCGGGGCCCUGCCCGGGGCCGCCCUCCUCUUCCUCCUCCUCCCGCUGCUCUGCGCGGCCCCCGAUGUUUCAAGGGCAAACAAGCUUAAACUGAUGCUUCAAAAACGAGAAGCCCCUGUUGCCGUGAAGCCUGAGGUAUCAGUGAAAGAAACGGUGGCCAAAGAGUUCCUGAGUAGCCUGAGACGCCACAGGCGCCAGCUGUGGGACCGGAGCCAGCCUGACGUCCAGCAGUGGUACCAGCAGUUCCUCUACCUGGGGUUCGAUGAGGCGAAAUUUGAAGAUGACAUCUCCUACUGGACAAGCUUAGGGCGUGCUCGUAAUGAAUACUAUGGUGGAUACUACCAACACCACUAUGAUGAAGAUUCACCAAUUGGCCCACAAAAUCCACACACCUUCAGGCACGGAGCAGGUGUCAACUAUGAUGAUUACUAAUGCCAUUUAUCUUCCUAUAGCUGCUGCCUAUAGAGCUGCACCGGGCAAGGCUGAGUCCUCCCUUAGGUAGAAUGACCCUGCUUUCCUUCUAUUAAUGUAAAACAGCAAGAGUAAAGGAACGGCCAGACUUUGAAGAAAGCAACAUGACUUUUUAAACGAAUUAUCAUCACUUAGUAGUACACUAUAUAUAAAGUGUAAUAGAAAUAAAAGCUUUUUUGAUAAAAUAAACAGGUUGCCAUUAUUUAGUA